AUGUCCGUGGCAAUCGACUUUGUUAGGGCUUGGCCGAAUAACCCUAUCUCAACCACGGACGCUAGGGACCGAACUGUCAAAUGUCGGAACGGGCACCUGGAGAACAUGACGAUCGAUAAGCUUGCCACUGCAGACGGAGUGCUCGUCUGGCCUGGCGUGUAUUCCAAGAAGGCCGACGCAAAUACCAUCAAGCCUGAGGACAUUCAACAAGAAGAGCCCAAGGCAGUCCAGCAGUCUGAAGUCACUCAAGUCUGGUUUAACCUGAUAAUGCUGAUCCGCAGCAGCGGCAACCGGAGGUUGCUGUCGAAGGUUACCGCUGCUGCGGAUCAGCAAGUCCUGACCGAACUCUACGCCAGUCUACAAGAGGUUCGAAACGAUCGGGAUAGCCUUCGAGUGCAGUUGCAUAACACCCGCCAGCUUCUUGCUGUGCAUACCGCAAUGAUGACACCAGAGUAA